UUCAAAAUCCGCAGAAACAGAAACGGAAGCAGCAGCGACUCGACACAAUGAUGCGGCAAGCGAAAACUAAAACACCCCGCAGGCCUCCUCCAAAAAAGGGUUCCAACAACCAGACAGACCCGGUCGGGGUGUACUGCAGAGUGCGGCCCCUGGGUGCAGAGGAUGAGGAGUGCUGCAUUGAGGUCAUUAGUAGCACCACCAUCCAGCUGCACGCUCCCGAAGGCUUCAAAACAAACCGCAACGGAGAGUACAAAGAGACGCAGUACUCCUUCAAAAAAGUCUUUGGAGUGUCUGUGUCUCAGAUUGAGCUUUUUGAGCAUGUGGCCAAACCUCUAGUGGAUGACCUGGUUCAUGGAAAAAAUGGUCUCCUCUUUACGUAUGGCGUAACGGGGAGUGGAAAGACUUUCACCAUGACUGGCUCUCCAGGCCAGGGUGGACUUCUGCCUCGCUCCCUCGACAUGAUCUUCAACUCUAUAGGAGCCUACCAGGCCAAGAGAUUUGUUUUCAAGACCGACGAUAAAAAUGGUAUCGAUAUUCAGAGUGAAGUCGAUGCUUUAUUGGAGCGUCAGAGGCGGGAACACAACACAGCUAUUCCUAAAACCCCUUCUUCCAGACAGAAGCUUGACCCAGAUAUUGCUGAUAUGAUCAAGCCAGAGGAGGCGUACCAAGCAGACGGUGUGGACGAGGACAGCAGCUACAGUGUUUUUGUCUCAUACGUAGAAAUUUACAACAACUACAUUUAUGAUCUCCUGGAGGAAACUCAGGAGGAUGCAAUCAAGCCAAAGUGGAAUGGUGGAGGCACACCUGUGCGCCCGAACACUGAGUUCAUACCUCCUCAGUCCAGAAUCCUCCGAGAGGAUCAGAACCACAACAUGUACGUGGCAGGAUGCAUGGAGGUUGAAGUCAAGUCUGCAGAGGAGGCUUUUCAAGUAUUCUGGAGGGGUCAAAAGAAGAGGAAGGUUGCGAACACUCGGCUGAACCGAGAGUCCAGUCGCUCCCACAGCGUGUUCGUCAUCAAACUGGCUCAGGCUCCGCUCGAUGCUGAAGGGGACAAUGUUCUCCAGGAUAAGAACCAGGUGAGUGUCAGCCAGCUGUGCCUGGUGGACCUGGCAGGAAGUGAACGCACCGGCAGAACCGGGGCUGAAGGCACUCGUAUUCGUGAAGCAGGUAACAUUAAUCAGUCCUUGCUGAACCUGCGGACGUGUAUCGAAGUGCUCCGAGAAAACCAAAUCUGCGGCACAAACAAGAUGGUUCCCUACAGAGACUCCAAAAUAACCCACCUCUUCAAAAACUACUUUGACGGCGAGGGGAAGGUCCGAAUGAUCGUUUGUGUCAAUCCCAAAGCGGACGACUACGAGGAAACCUUGCUGGUGAUGCGCUUCGCCGAGGUGACCCAGGAGGUCGAGGUGGCUCGGCCUGCAGACAAGCCCAUGUGUGGCUUCACGCCGGGCCGCCGCCACAGAAACCAGGCAUUUAAAGAAGAGCUGAGCCGCAGGCUGGAGGAACGCGGCGGUCCAAUAGACGCAGACAUGCCCAGUGUUAUAAACCAGCUGGUGCACAGCCUCCCACCCCUCCCCUCGUCCGAGCUGACCGACCCGCGCGACGACGUCACCCUGCCCCGACUGAUUGAAGCUCUGCAGAACAGACAGAGGAUCAGGAAGCUGAUGAUCGAAGACUACAACAAAACAGCAAUCAUUAUGAGGUCCCGGCUUCAGGAGCUCGACACCAGUCUCCUUUCCAGACAAAACUUUGUCCAAGAACAACAUGACAAGCUAAUGGAAAGAGACAGAAUCAUCCAGAACAACAGAGCAGAGAUAGAACGUUUGGAGAAGAAAACCAAGAUGCAGGAACACAAGAUUGACAUCCUUCAGAAAACGGCGAAAAUCUACGAGGAUGACAAGCGCUCAAUGCAGCACGAGCUGGAAACCAGAGCGCAGAGACUGCAGAGGGAGCAGUCUGAGAAGAGGCGCAUGGAGCAGCGCAUGCACGGCGUGGUGUCCGACACGCAGCACAAGUGGGAAAAAGAAUGCGAGAGGCGGGUCAAUGCAAUGCAGCUGGAGAUGCAAAACAAACUGUGGGUGAAAGAUGAAAAGCUGAAGCAGCUCAAGGCCAUCGUGACCGAGAACAAGACGCAGAGUCGUCCUGACCCUCCACCGCGCCAGACUCCGAGCCAGCGACCCUCCAGAGACGAGCGCCUCCCGGCCAAGAGAUCGGCCUCACCCUCUCCGGUUCCUACGUCGACGCCGGUGCGUCCUCUGCACCGCCGCUCCCGCUCGGCCGGCGGGGAGAAGUGGGUGGACCACAAGCCCUCCUCCAGCCUCGACUUGGGCACGGUUUUGCAGCCCGUCAUUCCAAACGCCAUCCAGAUGUCUACGCCCAGCGAGAAGGCGCUGUCGAAGGGCGACAGAUACGUUCUGACACACCAGGAAGUCGCCUCUGACGGGGAGAUCCAGACCAAACUCAUUAAGGGCGAGGUUAUGAAAACCAGAGGAGGAGGACAAGCCGUGCAGUUCACGGACAUCGAGACACUGAAACAGGAGCUCACCACAAUUCCAAGCCGCAAGAGGAAAUCUUCAGAAGGCGCACCUGCAAAAGAAAAUCAAGCAGUUGGAGGCUGGCCUGAUGUGCAGACGAGGUGCUCUGUGGCUGUGGAAAUGAGGGCAGGAUCGAACUUGGGACCUGCACUUGAGCACAAUGGGAUUACCAAGCGAAGAAAACCCUGAAAGCGUCGGACAGCUGUGAAGGUGAUCACUCCGCUCUCUCCUCACCUGGCCGCUGUGCAAUAUUCUCACCUUUUUUAUAUUUUGCUUUAUCUUUAUAUUUAAACAUCCUUGCUUUUAUAUACGUGUGUAUAAAAAGGUCACCAAAGGUAUUUUUGUGUAAGAUUUCAUGCCAACUUCCGUGGAUUUUAAAAGCAACCGUUGUCAUAUCGAGGCAAAUGUUUAGUUAAUGGGACUGUGCAGCUGUAGAUGAAUUCGUUUUUCAUAAUGACACAAUAUUGACACUUUUCUGCUAUUCUUUUUAUCCAUCUCCACGUUUUCUGGGUUAUAUUGAGCUCCAAUAAUUUUUUUGUGUAAUCGGUCUAUUUUUAAGUUUCUUCAUUGUACACUGAAGAAAUUAAAAAAUAUAUAUGUAUUUUAAGCAGCGUGUUGUGACUGAUUGCAUUCGGGACU